CAACGCUUCUAAUGCAUUUCUUGGAAAAUGUUAUCCGCCUCACCGCUAUAUUUAUAUGAAAAAAAAGAAGAUAAUGAUAAGUGAAAGAUCACAAAACAAACAAUGAGUCCUUCUACCUACCAACGCCAAAGUGGUGUUGGGUACAACAACACAAAGAAAAGAUACAAAGUUUAGUGUGGGGAUAAUAUGGAGGGGAAGAACAUGCAAGAGAUGAAUGCAAAUAUUUUAUUGCUCUUAAUAUUUAAAAAAGUGUUUCUAUAAAAUUGGGUAAGGGUUUACCCGGCGUCGUUGGCGUCGUGGAGAUAAAUCUUGGUGGUAAUCUGCGGACCACUUUUAAGCAAGAGCCGGCCGCAAUUUAAAAUGUUGUUGAGAAAGUAUCAUGCUAAACUAAAUAGUUGACCUGCAGAGGCAAAUCGAUAGCGGUGAAAAUAACGAAUUUCUUAUAUUUCUGAUAGCCACUCGAAAUCAUACCGUUACAAUCCUUAAAAUGUAGCAUCGUCUACUUCGAAAUAAUCUUCUAAAUUCUCUGAUUUUUUUUAAUUUUCUCCGGUGUUCUGACUGAAUGGAAUGACAUGACGUUUAAACAAUUAGCUAUGAUGACUUCAGUAUCAACGUAAACAAAGACAAAGGCUGAAAAAAUACAGCAUGUCAGAAAAACUCAAUAAAACUGGCCUUAGCUCAGGGUCAUCCUGGAGUUUAUUUGCUGAAAAUACAGCCUUUGAAGAAUCAGAUGCAAUUGUUGGUAGACUUGGAAAUGCAGCUGAGACAACCAGACUUCAUGCAGAAGAUAUUGAGAAAUAUGGUUUAUGUCCAUCUCGUCAAAGCUUGCAGUUGGCUAUUUGUGAUCAAUGCAAUAAACUUCUUAUCCUGUCAGCAGUCCAAAGGCAUUAUGAGCGCAAUCACAGCAAAGUGCUAUCCUCUGUCAAACCAUCGCCACCAAAAAGAUGCCCAUCAACUACGCAACAACCAGCACAAAUAAAAACAUCGUAUUCUAAAUCAAAAGUACUGAAAUCAAAUAACAAAAGUUUUAUUCGCAUUGAGGAAGUCGAUCCUAAUGAUUCAAAUGUUAAAAUUGAGGAAGUACCAUUAACUAUACCACAAUUCAACAGUUCGGCUGCAAAAGUAAAAUUACCAAAAAUUAACAUUAAAAAGUUAAAUACUGAAUCAAAAAAGAAUAAUGGAGAGAAAACAAACGUUUCACCGCAAGUAUGCAUUCAAGUCAAAGGGAGUAUAAAGAAAAUUCCACAACUCAAAGAAAAAGAGUAUGAUUGUGAAAAACAUUGUGGUGUGUGGAUACCAGAAAUGGAAAAAAAUUGCACUCGCUCAUUGACUUGCAAGACUCAUCCACUUUCACUUCGUCGUCAGGUUCCCGGAAGGUCGAAAGAUUUUGAUGUUCUGCUGGCGGAUCAUCGUGCUCGGGUUGCUUUGAAAGCGCAAGAUAAUGCUUCUAAUGCAAGCUCAUCACCACAAUCAAAUAGUCGAGGCGGAACUCCUGUUAAUUCACCCUUUGGCUUUGAUAAGAUUGUUUUUCCUACUGUUCCAGGUCCAUCAGCUACGAACUACAACAAAGACAUGGCAACUAAUUUAAAAUCUCCUAGAAACACUUUACACAAAUCUUCUCAUGAUGAUAAUCAACAAAAUGGAUACACUGAACUUUAUUCUGAUUAUAUAUCCGAUGAAACUUUAAGUAUGUCGAAUUUGCCAACGCUACCUUACCACCCUAAGCCUAUAAAGGUAAACAACUUCGGUGGAAGACAGACAGACUGUCGAUGUCGUGUCUUUUCAAGAAGGAUGGAUCAUUUUCGGCAUGCAACAUCAUGGAUGCUAAAUCAUCAGUACAAAAAUUCCUCUUUUACAAGCGUUAAACAGUCAAACAAAACCCCAUCAAGAACUUUUCAAGACGGGCUCAGACCUGCUAUACAGGAUCCUCUACAAAACGGCAUCAUUCAUAAACAGAAAACAAAAACCAGUAAGACUGCUGCAGGCGUUAAAAGACAAUUCACCGAACACCCACAGGGUAUCAUCGCAGACCCACUAAGUUACGCCGCCUCGUCUAAGAGGCGGCACUCUUCAGAAUUACCUGUUGUAGAUCCGUUCGCAGUAGCAAGCCAACCAAACUUAUCGAGAUCUUUAAGCAAUCCGUCACAACUUGCUAAAAUAAGGGAGGUGCCCGAACACAAGCAACAAUUUCUUACGAACAGUUUAGGUAGAAAUACUUUAAAUUUCAUCACAACCACGUGCGGUACGAACCUGUUGACAGGAAAUUUUGUGUCGGCUACCGGUACUUUAAAUGUUAGUUCAAAUUCUAGUUUAAACUUAUGUCAGUCGCUAGGCGUGACGCCUGCUGCUAGUCCUCAGGACUCACUGGACGCGUCAUUUGUGUCAACCACGCAUGUCACUGCAGCGCCGAAUGUCACCAUAACGCAGGGGAUGAUUGUGUCGCUACCAAGCGCAGUGCUUCAGGGCAGCCAACCAACAGUGUAUACAAUAGGUUCACAAAUUAAAGAUUUAAUAUCUCAAUCGAGUCCUGUUCAGCAAAUAAAAGGUUUACUAUCACAAACGAAUGCCAUUCAACAAGUAGCUUCUGCUGGAUCGGCUUUAAAAAAGGCACUAUCUGACGUUAACUUAAGUUCGUUGCACAACGGUACAAGCCCAUUACAGAAAACCGAGAAUAGCACCUACUCUAUAGAAUAUUGCGACGCAGACAUUCAGGGCCCUGCACCUAACAUUACUGUGACAGCCUCUCCAUCGUUAAGCGGAGUACUGCAAGGUCACGUGGUAUCGGCUGCAGGAGGCAAUCUACCUAAAACAACAUUGAAACGACUAAAUAGUGGUCAUAAUGAUUCGAGCUUGUUGCAACAGCUCAUUGUUCAGCAAAGCAGUAACCUAGAUACGCACCAACUCACAGGAAACUACAAUAAACAAAUAGGUAGCCAGUCCUCCAUGUGUCAAACCAUACAGUCACCGAAACAAGUGGCUUCUAGUUUAACUAACAUGCAAGCCUCGCCUAGACAAACUUUUCUCGCUAAUCCACACCAUGCAAAUAACCAACCAAUGAAACAGCUACAAAAAUUUCAACAAAUUCAACAGUUACAGCAACAACAGCAAAUGCAGAAUCAGCAAUUUAUAACAAUGCAUCAUAGUUAUCAACAGCAAAUCUUGCCAAAGCUACCUACUGUUCCGCAAAAUAUCAGUCAAUUUAACACAGCGCAAUACACUCCCACGCAGACGCCUUCUAGUUUGCAGUUUAUAUCGCAAAGUACCAGCAACAAAACUAUACAACAGCAGCACGGUGGAACGAUUUCCUGAUAGUGAAUGUCAACUUAGAAUAGUAAAUUUUCAUAUGUCGAGUUUAAUUCGGUUUGUCUUGAUAAUUUUGCCUCGCUUGCCUAUCGUGUUAUUUAUUUUCUUUCAACGCAUGUCAAAUCCGUGUUUGUAAUUACAACAAUGUACAAAAUUUUACCACUUCGAUUAUGCCUUGAAUAGAGAAUAAAUUCUUCCCAGAGUUUGUAAACUACAAAAUCACCUCAUAAACGAGAUAAUUAUCUUUAGUAGAAAGAUUUUUCUCUUGUUAUUCGGCCGAAGGUGAUUUUUUAGUUUUCUUCAUACGAGAAUAAUCAUUUACACAACUCUAUUAAAUUUUGUUGAAAAUUUCACAACCGCCAUUUUGAUUGUGUUUUGUUUCCUAUUUAUUAUGUCUACUAUGUUAAAUAUCGUCGUGGUCUCACCACGAACAGUUUUGUUGCUGUGGUCACAUUCACAAUAAUACUAUGCAGAAUUGUUUAGAAAUUUAGAGUUUAUAAUUUUUUAUAUUAGAUUUUUUGUGAAAAAGUAAAGCCAGGCGUUAUAAUGCGCGAUGAAUGUGUGAUACCUGUAUCCUUGUAUCUUCUGUUUCGCCAAUGUUACAGCCAAAAAUUUUAAAACCAAAAUUUUUGUUAUUCAUGCCCCAAGGGAAACAAAACUCGCACAGUCUGUAUUUUUACCGUCAUGUAUUUUGCAGAUCAGAUUCAACGUAGUUUUCUCUAUACUUGAACUCCCAAUCAAAAUCGCUGGUUUAACGAAAUAUAGCCAUUUGAUUGGUGGAAAUAUUAUAUACUAGCCAAUGAGAUGGUUGUAUUUCGUGCGUGUGCUUCGUCGUGUUUGUUUACGCAUUGUUUUUCUCAGAUUUGUUAAAUUUAAAAAAUAAUGAUAUUUCGUCGUCGCGCGUAGUAAAAUGCUAGAAGAAAUGUUCUGUGUACAUUCUCUAUUGUGUAAAUAACAUUUGACAUUAUUGUCUGUAUCAUAUUUAUGAAAAAAGGAUUUACUUGAUAAA